UGAUCGGACAAAAAUAGAACAAACCCAAAAUCAAGGGCACUGUAUCGGCAAUUUUACCAAACUUCCCUGGAGGGGCCCCUCUUUUUUGUGUGUUUAAUUUUUGUAAGUUCGCAGGAUUAAACCGCCUUUCCCAUCAAUUUGAAGGAAUCUUCAGCUCACGACGCCACCGUCUCGCUUCAAAGUCCAGCGAGAAUGGCGGUUAGACAAAGCCGCAAGCAAAUUACACAACCAGAGAUAAAUGAAGAAGUUGAAUCUUCAUCUGAAAAAGGCAAAAGUUUCAUUGCACCCAGAAUCCUUCAACAGCGAGAAUUUCAGGGUGCUUUGACUGCGCAAAGAAGUAAUGGGCUGGGAAAUUCUGGCCAUUCACACGUGCAUAAUGGUGGCAACAGUAGUGCUACAGACAUUCAUGAAUCAGAAAGUCUUUCUGAAAUUGAUGAUGCUGAGGUCAUUGGAUAUCUUAACACCAAGCAUGAGAUGCGUUAUAAGAGGAUCUUGUGGGAAGCAAUGGAUAGAGGAUUUUCAAAGGCUAAGAAACCAAAACUGAAGGCAGAACUCAAAAGAAGUACUUCUGUUGAUAAAGCUGCAAAAGCCACUCCUAAAAUAGAGAAAAAGGGUCGCUUUAUGGAUUGUGUUUAUCUUGUCAGUUAUUUUGCCCAAGUGUUAAGACAGACUUUUAAUUGUUUUAUAGAGGCCGAGUUCCAGAAUUAACUAUGAUGCUCUUAGUAAGCUAGCUGAUGAACUGAAGUAGAAUUGGACCAAUCCUAGCAUCAUUUGUGGCAGAUGUAUAUCUGUGGAUGCAUGUGCAAACUUAUCAGUUUGACAUUACAACAGGUAACUAAGAUUAGAGUAGUGUAAUCUCUUCAUAUGAUUUGGUGUUGCUGAUAUCCUUCUCAUUCACAAAUUCAACCUGUCCACCAUUGUAACAUAUCUUGGUGCCUUUCAAAGAAUCAAAUGGUUGAAAAUUGGCAGUGAUCUAACAAUAAUUUUUAGCAAGGACGAAUGUUAUCUUCAGGUACAAAGUUAACGAAAGUUCAUUCUCUGAUGCAUUUUUAUCAUUCACAUGGCUUAUGGCAGGAAUGAGUUGAGCAAAGUGGAGUAAAUGAAAAGUUAGCAUUGACUGCCAUUUGCAUCAUUAAGUAAUUUUCAACUGAUUCUUGUUUCUUUUCCAAACUGGUGGUAUCAUUGGGAAAACUCAGUGUGGAAAAGGUCUGUUCGGCAGCAUGAAUGGCCCAUAUGAUAAACAUGAAAGCAGCAUAACAGGAACCUCAACGAAGCAUGAUCAGAAAAAUUUUAAUUCUCAUGAUGUUUUUGUCUACUUUACACUAAAUUUCAGCAUUGUGUUUGUUUCGGUUUAAUUAGCUUCCUGUGUUCGCUUGAUGUCACUGCAGAAUCAAGGUCUUGAUAGCAAUGCUGGUCAGUAAGGUGCAGUCGAUACUUACCUCUUCUCUACCGAAAUGAACGUGCCUAAGAACUCUAGGUAAAUAGUGUUGCAGUUGCUGGAUACGGCAUAAUUAUUAGAUGCCAAAAUACUGGUGACAACUUGGUGAGAUGAUAAGAAAGUUGAGGAUCAUCGUGCUGAAGAUCGUAAACUUUCUGAGCAGUCUCCCUGACAAAUCAUCCUUGAAAGGUCCAGCAUAGAGGAUGAGCCUCUCAAAACUAUAAUGAGCUAAAUUUGAUGAGCCUCCAACAAUAAGAUAGGAAGCUUUUGUCUUGUCUGACUUUAGAGUGAAAAACUGGCUUUGUAAUUUAAUAUUCUCGUUUUAAGAAAAAAUUUUCUAUCUUUUUU